AUUACACACAGUAGGUUGUGCCAUACGCGUCGAAUACGCCUUCAGUUAGGGUCCAUUAGCCUCGCCUGUACAAGGCACAAAUGCUUCAAAAUUCAAGCGGUAAUGUGCAUUAAAAAUAAAAAUGGAUUUAGACACAAAAUCGUCUCAAUUAAAAAAAUCUUUAGCGUGGGUCGAGAGUUAAAGCGGAAACAAAAGUGACGUUGCCACGUUCGAAUUCCAAGCGUUCUCUGCUGAGCAUUUUGUAUCUGACGCAAACAAGCGAGGACAACACGACUCACAAUGUCUUUCAGAGAUCUGAGAAACAACUUUCCAACGACAGAUUUUACAGAAAUGAUGAGAGCUUUGGGCUAUCCUCGCUUGAUUUCCUUGGAGAACUUCAGAACACCCAACUUCAAUCUGGUGGCAGAAAUCAUGAUAUGGCUCGUUAAAAGGUAUGAACCUCAGAUGGAUAUUCCUCCAGAUGUGGACACAGAGUCAGACAGAGUAUUCUUCAUAAAGGCUGUGGCUCAGUUCAUGGCAACUAAAGCACACAUCAAGCUAAACACUAAGCGCCUCUACCAGGCUGAUGGCUACGCUGUGAAAGAGAUGUUAAAGAUCACGUCAGUGUUGUACAGUGCAAUGAAGACCAAGCAGAUGGGUCUGGAGGACAGAGUGGAGGAGGACAGCAGCAAUUUUAAGUUUGACAUUGGAUCACGGAUUUCUGAUCUCAAAGCAGCUCGGCAGCUAGCAUCAGAAGUCACGUCUAAAGGAGCAUCUCUGUAUGAUUUACUGGGCAAGGAGGUGGAACUCAGGGAAAAGAGAACUGCGGCCAUUGCAAGACCUCUGGAAAUUGAUGUGACUGAAAAGGCCCUGAGAGAAGCCAUCAGGGAGGCCAUGGUAACAGUGGAGAAGACCAAAGAAAUGCUGAACAACAUCGUCUCUGAUGAGGCCAGCCUGGAUGCCAAGAUAGAAAGGAAGAAACAGGAACUGGAAAGGAGUCGGAAGAGACUGCAGACAUUGCAAAGUGUGCGACCAGCGUUCAUGGACGAAUAUGAGAAGAUCGAAGACGACUUGCAGAAGCAGUAUGAGAUCUAUGUGGCAAAGUUAAAAAACCUGUGUUUCCUGGAGUCUCAGCUGGAAGAUUACCAUCAGCUGGAGCAAGAGCGUUUUGAGGAAGCUGAAAACACUCUGAGGAUGAUGCAGCAAAAUCUGAAGGAGGACGAUAGAGCUCUAAUGAGGAGCUCAUUGAAAGAUGUGGACUCUGAUACCGACGUUCUUGAGGAUGAAGGUGAUCUGGACAGUGACUUGGAAGAGUCUCGGCCCUCCAAUCCAAGGCCCAUGAGAAAUGGCUUGAUGGCUGCUAAACAGACAAACGAUUUGUUCAGAAGAGGAACAAGAUUUAUUGGGAACAUGCAGGGUGGUGACAGUGAUGAGCCCACAUUAGCCAUUCCCCGGAGGCCAAAACAACUGGAAGGACAGUCGGAGGACAGUGAAAUCGAGGCGGACGACGACGACGAUGAUGAUGAAGAGGAAGAAGGCGAGGACGAGAGCAAAGAAUUAGAUGACAGUUUGGAGGACCAUGUGUCCAGGGCAACGCACAUCUCCAAGGGACGCACAAGGCCCCCUCUUUUUGAUGAGAGCGACAACGACUUCUGAAUACCAGAAUUGAUCGUGGGAGCACAGAGCAUCAAUGUACAAUAGCCCUUGUCAUUUGUUCAUUUUCUUAAUAAAAUAUAAAUAGUUUGGUC